AUGCCCCCUUUUCAGAACAAAGUAUUUACUCUCGAGGAGAUAGAAACUUACUUCGAGCAGGCACAGCCAUAUUAUGAUGAAGUGGAUUUGGAAGAUUUCACUUAUGAUGAGGAGCGAAAAGCGUACGUCUAUCCGUGUCCGUGUGGGGACAAGUUCGUAAUCACUGUUGAUGAGUUAAUGAUUGGAGAGACCAAAGCAACGUGUCCAAGCUGUUCGCUAGUUCUUAAAGUAUCGUAUGAUUUUGAUGACGUAGAAGAGUACAUGAGAUAGCAGAAAAGCUUGUAAGGCCAACAAAGAUGUUGCACUAGUUCCUCAGUAAUUGAGGUAGUUAAAUAAAGUUCUUUUACCG